AUGCUAACUACAUUUCGUGGAACUCGGACAGCCCAUGUCCUAUUACAACAUAUACGAUUAGCCCAUAGAAUAAGAGGAAAAGCGCCUAUUUACUGUCGAACAAUAAAAGAUCGCAUUGAUGAAAUUAAUUAUAAAGAUGAAUUGUAUACAAGCAGAAUUGAUAUCGGUUUGCCGAAAACCAAAAAUGAAACUCGCAAUGCCCGUCUAUCUAGAUUAGAGCAUUUAAAGAAUUUAAAAGCAGAUCAGAAAUUAGAACAACUUGCACGUAACUUUGAGUUACAAAUAGAUUUAGAUGAAACAAAAAAGGACUGGCUUCAAACGUGUGGUCCUAAGCAAAAAAAGCAAGUUGCAGACCAUUAUGCUAUUUUUGAACAUUUAUAUGGAGAAGGUUAUUUUAUUCCAUAUUUAAAUUUAGAAGUAUUAUAUGAUCUCAAAGAUGGUUCAUAUCUUCCAGUUUAUACUGGUAAUGUUAUAAAGCCAGCAGAAGCACUGGAAUACCCUGCAGUGAAUUAUGAGUCUGAUGCUGAUAGUCUAUGGACCUUAGCUUUAACAAGUUUAGAUGGUCAUCUUACAGAAAACGAUAAAGAAUAUGUACAUUGGCUAGUUGCUAAUAUUCCUGGAAACUCUGUAGAGAAAGGGGAUACUAUUGUUGAGUACAUGCAGCCAUUUCCUCUGAAAGGAACUGGGUACCAUAGAUACGUGUUUGUACUUUACAAACAAAAUGGACCUUUAUCUUAUAAUAUCAAAAAAGUGACCUCAACAUCUGUAUUGAGAGACAGAACAUUUGUAACAAGAGAUUGGUACAAACAGUACCAAGACAACAUUACCCCUGCUGGACUUGCAUUCUACCAAAGUCAUUGGGAUAACACUGUUAGAGAUUUCUUCCAUAGUGUCUUGCAUAGAAAGGAACCAGUGUACGAGUAUGACUUCCCGAAGCCUUACAUACGCCCACAGGAAUGGUUUCCUCGCAGAAAACCUUUCAACAUAUAUAUGGAUAAAUAUCGUGAUCCAAAGGAAAUCAACAAAGAAUAUUUGUUACGGAAGUUGAAGACAGAGGACCCAUUCAAAAUGCCUCCACCUCCUCUAAAGUUCCCUAAUGCACAGCCACUGCCAAAGAACAUGCCAUCUUGGUUGAAGUUACAUGAGAAGAAGAUUAGGCUUCGUUGGGGCAGAGUAAAUGAUGUUUAA